GAGGGUGCCGAUGUAGAGGGGGAGUUGGAUGCUUUCCCUCCCCAUGGCCCAAAAAUGCCUGUUCGUUCCCCCUCCCACUGUUUGUACUGGGAGUACAGACAUGCUUACCCCAGGAAAACGGAGGGGUGGAUCACGGGAUGAUGCUCUGUCUCUGCCAGGGUUGUAAUGCUGAAGGGUUUUGUGGGCUGUCCACUAGCUGCAAAAGAGAUGGUUAGCCCUCCCAGUGGCAUGUCAUUUGGCCAUGGGCUACACAUCCCAGCAGCUGCCUUCCUGCAGAGUGACCUUCUCUCACUCAUUCUGCACCAGUCUGCAAGAACAAGGGUAAUGAGUUACUUUCUGAUGCUCAGCAAGUCUCACGGCAAUGGAAUGCUGUCUCGGUUCCAGAGCUUGCGGCUGGAAAGGCAGAUGUGCGACAUUAUUUUGGAGGCUGAAGGCAAGCAGUUUCCUGCUCACCGCACCUUGUUAGCCUGCUCCAGCGACUACUUCUGGUCGAUGUUCCAGGAGCACACUCUGGAGUCUCGGGCCCACAGCAUUAGUUUACCAGCCUUGUCCUCUGCUGGCCUGGAGCAGGUGCUGGAUUUCAUCUAUACCUCGUGGAUCUCACUGUCUCCAUCCACCUUGGAGGACACCCUGGAAGCUGCCUGCUACCUGCAGGUUACACAUGCUGUGGAUCUCUGCACCGAGUACAUCUCAGACAGCCUAACCCUGGAAAACUGCUGCUUUUUUGCCAAUGUGGCAGCCCGUUAUGGUCUCUCUGAGGCACUUGCUGCCACCAACCGUUUCAUUGCAAGACAUAUGGUCAAGCUGCUUGGUGCUUAUGGGGACAGGACCAGGCUGCUGGAGCUAAAUCCUGAAUCUUUGCAAGAGGUCAUGGGAUUAGAGGAGAUGCCAGGGGUGAAGGAGACAACUUUACUUCAGUUUGCUCUAGAUUGGCUGAGGUGCAACCCUUUAUCUGCCCUGGAAAGUAACUCCCUACUCAGUCGUGUCCGAUUCAGCCUGGUGCCUCCUGAAGAGCUGAUCCGUUUGAGUGCCCUGAAUCCAGCAUUACGCACUCCCUUUAUUCACAGCCUGGUGCAGAAAGCCUUGCAUUACCACAUGCAGGGUCCCCUUCAGCCCAUACUGCAGAGUGUCCACACAAAUGUAAGAACAACAACUAACAAAAUAUUACUGGUUGGAGGAGGAGCAGAAGCAAAUCGUCCCCAGACGCAGAUCCAGAGUUACGAUGUACGCAGCAGGAAGUUCCGUCCACUGUUUGUUACCAUGCCAAAGAAGCUCCAGUAUCAGGGUGUGUGUGUGGUGGGAAACUUCCUGUUUGUGCUAGGAGGGGAGGUGGUUGAAGUGGAUGCGGAGAAUGAGAAGACAGCAGUGAUGACCGUCUCAGAUCAGGUGUGGCGAUAUGACCCUCGGUUUGAGCGCUGGGAAGAGAUGGAGCCACUGCUGCAGAAGAGGGCACAGUUCUCCUGUUGUGUGGUCGGUGGAAUUAUUUAUGCCAUAGGUGGACGAGGUCAAAGAGCAGAACCUGCUCUGUCCUCAGUGGAGAGAUACGACAUGAGGGCAGGAUGCUGGCGUAGUGGAGUGUCUUUGCCACAUUCUAUACAUGGGCAAGCUUGUGCCACAAUUGGCAGAGAGAUCUACAUUUCUGGUGGCAUCCAUGGCAGCCAGCCUGAGAGUAGCAAGGAGGUGUUAUUCAUCAACUCUCUUGAUCAUGCUGCCUGGGAAAGGCGAUCGGCUAUGUCUAUAGCCAGAUUUGGCCACCAAAUGGCAACAGUAAAGGAGCAGAUCUAUGCUUUCCUGGGGAUGUAUGAACCGUUUUGUGAUAUUGAACGCUAUGAUCCUGAACACGACCAAUGGACUCGACUAAAGCCUCUUCUACAUGACCGCUUCUGCUACGGCUUGACAGUGACCGGGGGAGGACGUGUGCUGAUGUUUGGAGGUCGAAAGUGGCAGGACGGACAGGAAGUGUGCACUCCUGAUGUGCUGGAGUAUGACCCUGAAUAUGACAGCUGGAAACAAGUGUGUAAACUUCCAGGCCCAUUAUGUGGGACACAGUGCGCUGUAAUGGCCAUCUCAGAACCUACAGAGACAUAAGAACUCCAACUCCAUUCCAUACACACAGAGAAUGUGAGAGCUUCCACUGCCUGACUCUCUGCCACAAGAGACAGAAAAGGAGGACUGUUCAGUUUGUGCACUCUGAGGCUCGGAUGUUAUAGGAUUAAAUGGUACCAGUGGAAGGGGAAAGAGAGAACUGUCAUAUCCAGACCUGGUGAACUUUAGCAGAAGCGAGAUGUCAUCAGUCGGUGAAGGUACAAUUGGUUCUGACCUCGUGGAAUUGGAUUUGCUCCACAGACUGGAGUGAAUCAGAGGAAUCUUGGCACUGGAGGCAUGGCACGAUGACUAGGACUUGGCAAAUAAUAAGAGGGAUAGGAAACUGUUCAUAACAGCCAUAUAGAAAAGUCCUCCAAGUCCUGAAAAAGUAUAGAGCAUAGGACAGAGCUAAGGACUUAUUUUGAUUGCAAUUGCAGGCGGAAAAUGUACAGAGAUAAGCAAAGGGUAGGUAAAAUGUAAAAUGAGGAAAUUAAGUGAGGUGUAAAGCAUUGGAAUGCACAUAUCUUUGGACACAUUUGGCAUGGGAUACAGAGAACGGGUGAGAGAUAUUAAGUUUUAUGACAACUGUAGUGGCAAGUGAAGGUCAGACAGAGAGCUUAUGUAGAGGAAAGGACAGCCGUUGAAAAGUAUGCAUGAGAGUACAUACAUAGGAUCUGAAAGUUGUGAUUCAAAACAGUACUAAGGAUGUAAGGUACAUAAAAGCACUUUAAUUCCAUGAGAGGAUAAAGGUUUCUGAGUGUGUGUGGGAUGAAGCUGAGAGGAGAAAACAAAAAUGUAGCUUAGCAGCCAAACGCACUCAGUAAGUCUGCACAAAUGCAAAACAAAAAAAAGGUUACUCGUUUGCUCAAAAUUCGGUGACUGCACUGGAGUAAGAAAUGAGUGCUAGAAUGCUUUCCAAUGACUAUGUGACUAGCUUACGAACAAAUUCAGUGUAAAACUGAGCAGAAGCAGUGGCGACACUUAGGUAUGGAUUGAAAUGCAUUAAAACGGCUGUAUGUUUCACAAUCAUUUAAGUUACGCAAUAAAAUGCAUCUGCCUAGAGCAAACAGCUUCUGCUUUCUAAAUGUUUUGGAUAAAAUCCUCCAAACUAAUCAGAGCAAUUCAGCAGUACACUAGGGGAAUGCACGAUUGAAUGUCUGGAGUGCGAGAGCUCGCAGGCACCCCUGAAGAAGUCAUUUGGAGCAAUUCAUUUUCGAUUUGUUGUAAUGAGCUUAAAAUAAAUGAAAUGAUUAAUGAGUGACAUUAAAAUAGAGAAGGGAAGGAGCACAAGGGUGUGGUAAUUAACACACGAGAGAUCUGGGCCUGUUCGAUUACAGCAUAUUAGCACCAGGUGGCCUGAGAGUGACAGAGAUAUGGAGUGAGGGAGAGGGAGAGCAUAACACAAGGAAAGCAAAAGCAAUCUCCAUGCUAGCUUGGGGAGAAGUGAAAAGGUAGAGGAAUGAAUGGAGCUAGAGGCCCAUUAGCUCUGGCUGUUGAACUCGGAGGACGACACAGACGUAGCCUCAUCCCCUGAGCCGGUGCACAGGCAGCGCCGUGAGUUCUUUCAUCCACUAAUGCUUUAGCUGAGCCUGUUAGUGCUGCUGUGAAGUCUGGAACUCCCCAUGGAGCUACUAGGAAAGAGAAGCCAAGCUGGAAAGUUGACAUGGGCCUAAUCUUAGUGAAAGCAUGUGACUUAUUAUCUCAGGCAAAGAACAAAGAAGCGGGACCUAUUACGCAUAGGACGACCACAGUUUCAUGAGCAAAGUUUUAUUGACUUUAACCACAUCUGUCUUCAAACUGCAGAAAGCAACGACUAGCUAAAUAAAUAAUCAAAUAAAUCAAACAAAAGUAAACUUUGUCAGGUAGUUAGCUAAACACAACACAUACUAACGGCACUGCCCAAAUCACAUGCCUAAAAAGAACAAAGGACAGACAGUACCAUGGAUUUACUAGAUUGGUUAUAGUAAUGGAGAUCAACAUUGUAAAGGCAACUGAAGGACUUGUUUGCUAGAUGUUUACACUUUGCUUCUUCACUCUGGUGAACAGAGGAACAUCAUUUCAAUAUUUAUAUACUGGCAGGCAAAAAUAUUUGCCCAAAUGCAUGUCAACCAAUGAGAUUAUGACCUUUAGCAGCUGUUUUCACAGUCCUGUCUGUCCUGUUUGUUCAUUUAAAAGAGGAAAAUCACAACAAACGACAAUGCCCUUCAUUGGUUUUCUCUACAAUACCCAGCAUGCAUGUGCAAAGCGCCAUCAAAAACAUUCGGGAUCCCUAUGGUGUCAACCAAUCUUGACUGCUAGCCUAGCCAAUAAUAUACACAAGCAAGCUAACAUUAAUUUAACACGUACUUCAUUUGUCAAGCAAAAUCUACCUUUAUUCAGAAUAAAGCGGAUGCCAGAGGCAGUUUUUUUUUUGCCCCUUUAGCCGGAGACACCUAAUCCUUUCAGCCAUAGAAGAGAAGCCAAACUGAGGUAAGAUAUUUAGGUAGCCAGCUACAUUGCUAACUUUAGCCUCAGCUUGUUUUCCUUCUCAUGUGAUGAUGUUAUAUGACAGAAAUAAGAUAUUUGGCUUCCUAGCAGCAUUAACCAAGAAAACAAAAUCAAACAGCCCCCAAAAGGCUAUAGCCUAAGACAAUUGUAGUUUCUCUCACCCUCAACAUUCAUCAGAAGGGGAUGUUCUUGCCUUAAAAAAUGAAAAAUAUCACUCUACAGACUACUGUGGCUAAUAGAGGAUGCGAGUAGGCAUGCUUACAGCACAUGUAGUGAUAACUACAUUUUUUAUUUUGUCAGAGUGACCCUUUAAGGCAUGGUUUAAAACCUUUCGAGAUCUUGUGGAGAGGUGGCUCCUUUCACUAAUUUUUAGAAGCUUUAUAAAGGAGCAUGAGGCCUUCUUCAAGACUAGAUAACCUACAGAGUGCUGAUAAACACCA